CCUUUCUCUCGUCUGGGUUCGUUUGAAGGAGAAAACGAAAUUUCCAUUUACGUUCUCUUCGUCAAGCUUGAACUUGCGCAGAACCCUAGAGAGAGAGAGAGAGAGCACAGCUUCGAAGCGAAAGGGAGGAGAAUGGCGUUGAAGUUCUUGAACAAGAAGGGAUGGCACACGGGGAGCCUCCGGAACAUAGAGAACGUAUGGAAGGCGGAGCAGAAGCACGAGGAGGAGCAGAAGAAGUUGGAGGAGCUUCGCAAGCAGAUCCAGGAAGAGAGAGAACGCAACGAGUUCCGCCUUCUCCAAGAACAAGCCGGGAUUGUCCCGAGGCAAGAGAGAUUGGAUUUUCUGUACGAUUCAGGUUUAGCUGUUGGAAAGGGGAGCUCCGAAGGUGUGCUGUUCAAGUCACUAGACAAAGGGGAUGCCCUGAGUGAGGCAGCGGCUUCUUCUUCAUCGGCACAGCAGGCAUCAGCUUCUGGUGUUCCAGGAGCUCUAUUCGAGGAUAAGUCGAACUCGGCCAAUGAUGCCUGGAGGAAGCUGCACUCUGAUCCUUUGUUAUUGAUUCGGAAACGGGAACAGGAGGCACUCGCUCGUAUCAAGAACAACCCCGUCCAGAUGGCUAUGAUACGCAAAUCUGCUGGAGAAAAGGAAGACAAGGAUGAUGGGAAGAAAGAACGGCGAAAGAAGCACCAUCACAAAGAUUCAAAGCAUAAGAAACAUGUAUCUUCUGAGCCAGCAGAUUCUAGUAAUGCCUCUGAUGAAGCCGAGAAGGAAAGCAGAAAGAAAUCCCGCAAGAGCUCCAAUCGGGAUGAGUAUCGUAGAAGGGCACGAUCAGAUUCAGAGGAUGAAUCAAGUGAUACAGAAAUUCGUAGGCGGAAGAGUCGUCACGAAUAUAUUAGAAACAAGGAAACAUCUGUUGAUGGAUUGACCGAUAGAAGAUCUGGAAGGGAUGACAAUCAAGAUAGGAGGAAUCAUGAGAAAACCCAGCGUGAAAGAUAUUACUCUGAAGGCCCUUCAAAUUCUGAUGUUUCUAGAAGGGAAAGGGAAAGAAAAUAUUUCCAUGAAGAAAGUGCGUCAAAAUAUGGUUCAAGAACAGAUAGUAGGAAUGACUCAUCAAAUUAUAAGCGUCGAAACGUGGCUCCUAAAAUUUCUGAGGAAGAGAGAGCAGCGAGGCUGCAGGAGAUGCAAAUGGAUGCAGAGCUGCACGAGGAACAGAGAUGGAAGCGUCUGAAGAAAGCUGAUGAUAAUGAUGCAAGCGAAGCUAAUCGGGAUGUCUCAUCACGUGGCAAAAACUUCUUGGAUGCUAUCCAGAAGAGCGUUUAUGGGGCAGAGAAGGGUGGAAGCUCCACCAUAGAGGAGAGUGUCCGUCGUCGGACUUAUUACUCACAACAUAGGUCUCAAACAGGCGAGGGCAACGCUUUCAGACGGUCUUGAUCUGAAGGGUGAACGUAUCAACUUCCUUGCAUUUGGGUUGUGGUGGUGUUAAAUAGUCUUUUUCGCUCAUCGCCUUUGGAAGUCGAAUUUAAUAGGUCUUGUUUGACAUUUAGGGUACUUGUGAUAUUAUGAUUUGUUCGUUUAACUAAUCAGUUAAAAAAAAAAAUUGAGUUGCAAUUGUUUGGGCCUAUGAUCUAUUAUAAAAAUUUUCUCCAGA